UCUGCCAGGACCUGCUCCCGGGAGGGGGCGGGGCCAACAUGGCGCCGAGCGCCGGGUGAGCGGCGCUUUGGCGGCGGGUCUCCAUCUCUCCACCCUGGGGUGUCACUCUUUGGGGGAGGGAAGGCGGGGCUCCAGAAUGGCCGAGGAGAAGAAGCUGAAACUCAGCAACACGGUGCUGCCCUCGGAGUCGAUGAAGGUGGUGGCCGAGUCCAUGGGGAUCGCCCAGAUUCAGGAGGAGACCUGCCAGCUGCUGACCGAUGAGGUCAGCUACCGCAUCAAGGAGAUUGCCCAGGAUGCCUUGAAGUUCAUGCACAUGGGGAAGCGGCAGAAACUCACCACCAGUGACAUUGACUACGCGCUGAAGCUAAAGAAUGUUGAGCCACUCUACGGCUUCCACGCUCAGGAGUUCAUUCCUUUCCGUUUCGCCUCUGGCGGGGGCCGGGAGCUUUACUUCUACGAGGAGAAGGAGGUUGAUCUGAGCGACAUCAUCAAUACCCCUCUGCCCCGGGUGCCCCUGGACGUCUGCCUCAAAGCUCAUUGGCUGAGUAUCGAAGGCUGCCAGCCGGCCAUCCCAGAAAAUCCGCCCCCAGCUCCCAAAGAACAGCAGAAGGCUGAGGCCACGGAACCCCUAAAGUCAGCAAAGCCAGGCCAGGAAGAAGAUGGGCCCUUGAAAGGCAAAGGUCAAGGGGCUGCUCCAGCCGACGGCAAAGGGAAAGAGAAGAAGGCACCACCCCUGCUGGAGGGUGCCCCUUUGCGGCUGAAGCCUCGCAGUAUCCACGAGCUGUCUGUGGAGCAGCAGCUGUACUACAAGGAGAUCACCGAGGCCUGCGUGGGCUCCUGUGAGGCCAAGAGAGCGGAGGCUCUGCAGAGCAUUGCAACGGACCCGGGGCUCUAUCAGAUGCUGCCGCGAUUCAGCACCUUCAUCUCGGAGGGGGUCCGUGUGAACGUGGUGCAGAACAACCUGGCCCUGCUCAUCUACCUGAUGCGCAUGGUGAAGGCGCUGAUGGACAACCCAACGCUGUACCUAGAGAAAUACGUGCACGAGUUGAUUCCGGCUGUGAUGACAUGCAUUGUGAGCAGACAGCUGUGCCUACGGCCAGAUGUGGACAAUCACUGGGCCCUCCGGGACUUUGCUGCCCGCCUUGUGGCCCAGAUCUGCAAGCAUUUCAGCACGACCACUAACAACAUCCAGUCCCGGAUCACCAAGACCUUCACCAAGAGCUGGGUGGACGAGAAGACUCCAUGGACCACGCGUUACGGCUCCAUCGCUGGCCUGGCAGAGCUGGGACACGAUGUGAUUAAGACUCUGAUUCUGCCACGGCUGCAGCAGGAGGGGGAGCGGAUCCGCAGCGUCCUGGACGGCCCUGUGCUGAGCAACAUUGACCGCAUCGGAGCUGACCAUGUGCAGAGCCUCCUCCUGAAACACUGUGCCCCUGUGCUGGCAAAGCUGCGCCUGCCACCUGACAAUCAGGAUGCUUAUCGAGCAGAAUUUGGGUCCCUCGGACCCCUCCUCUGCUCCCAUGUUGUCAAGGCCCGGGCCCAGGCCGCCCUGCAGGCUCAGCAGGUCAACAGGACCACUCUGACCAUCACUCAGCCCCGGCCCACGCUGACCCUCUCACAGGCCCCUCAGCCCGGCCCUCGCACCCCUGGCUUGCUGAAGGUCCCAGGCUCCAUCGCGCUGCCGGUGCAGACGUUGGUGUCUGCGCGAGCUACUGCCCCGCCUCAGCCGUCCCCUCCUCCGACCAAGUUUAUUGUAAUGUCAUCCUCCUCCAGCGCCUCCUCCACCCAACAGGUCCUGUCCCUCAGCACUUCAGCCCCUGGCUCAGGCUCCACCACUACCUCUCCGGUCACCACCACAGUCCCCAGCGUGCAGCCCAUCGUCAAGCUGGUCUCCACUGCCACCACCGCACCCCCCAGCACUGCUCCGUCCGGGCCCGGCAGCGUCCAGAAGUACAUCGUGGUCUCUCUCCCCCCUACAGGGGAGGGCAAAGGAGGCCCUGCCUCCCACCCUUCUCCAGCUCCUCCCCCAUCCUCAGCCCCCUCCCCGCUUGGGGGCAGUGCCCUGUGUGGGGGGAAACAGGAAGCUGGGGAUAGCCCCCCUCCGGCUCCAGGGACUCCGAAAGCUAAUGGCUCCCAGCCCCCUGGGUCUGGCUCCCCUCAGCCUGCGCCUUAAUGCUGUUGCACAUCUGCCAACUUUCUUCUGUCCUCAGCUCUCUCUCUCUCUCAGGCGUGCGUGUGGGGUCGAAGGAAGUAAUAGUUUGCUUCCUCUGUGUUACUUUUUUUUUUUUAAAUUGUACAGCCAGUUCCUCAGAAUAAAAGUCUGAUUUGUAAGUUC